GUUAAGAAAACCCUGAUUAUCGAGUUCUGUGAGAUCUGCAAAAAAACACCAUAGCACCACCAAAGGCCCCCUCUCUCUGAGAGAGAAAGAAAGAAAAGAUAGACAGGCUGGGAAGAGAGCCAAAAAAAAAAAAAAAAGAGAAGAAAAGAAAAGAAAAAUUCGUUCUCCCUCUUUCGAAAAUAAACACAGCUUUUGGAUCUAUAUAUCCUUUCUCUCUUAGCUUUCAGUUCGUAGAUAUUGUUUUCUUUUAAUCUGUUGGUCUCCACCUAUUUGCUAUUCCCAUCGUUAUUAGUUAUUAUUAUUGUUAUCUGGUACCAAUAAACCAUGAGGAUUCGGAAGAACGCGAAGCUAUCAUCGCAGAUAUACCCGCAGGGUUCAAGGCCUGAGAGUGUGCACGUGUGCCAGCUGAACCAGUCGCCAUGGGAUGUGAUUCCUUUUGCUCAAGAACCAUACCCAUCGUCUCUUCAUCACCAGUUUGAAGCUGAAGAUAGCUUUAAUGGAAAUGGGAGCUUAGGCGAUUCUAUUGGUGCUGUUGAGAGCGUAGCGUCGAUGAUGGAGAGUGAAGAGAAAGCGCUAAUGAAAGUGGAAGGCAUGGUCAUUGACGAUAAUGACGAUAACGAUGAGAUGAAAAUAGGCAGGCAAUUUGGGUUUAAGAGCCAAUGCGAAGAGGAGGAGGAGGAGGAGAAGGAGUCGAAGCAAGAGGCUUUGCUGAAAUCUUGCAACAACAACAACAACCACAGCAGCGAUAGUGGAAACAAUCCCAGCUCGUUGACCAGCAAGAAAGCUGAGAAGAAUAGUCAAGUAACCGGGAGCCGCCGCGGGCGAGCCCGAGCAGCCAAGAAAGGCUCGUCAUCAGCAUCGAACCCGUAUGAAUUUUACUAUUAUUCUGGGUUUGGGCCGUUGUGGGGGAAAAGAAGAGGCGGCAGCGAUAGAGCAGGCGAAAUAAGCAAGGAUAUUGAGGCUAAAGAAGUUGAAAACAACAGCAGCGCUAUCACUACUCAAAACAAUACGACGCCGUCGUCUUCUUCGCAAAUCGAUAAUAAUGAAGAAUUUGAUUAUGUCGAUGAUGAGGAUGAUGAGGACGACGAGAACGGAGACAGUAGCAAGAAACGAAUGAGGAAGCCUGUUAAGGCAAGAUCGUUAAAAUCCCUAAUGUGAAGAACAACAAAAAACAAAAGGGUUUGGGCUUCCCUUCUUUUUUUCCUUUUUUCCAUUUCCUUUUUUGCGUUUCAAUGUGUUGAGAUCAUCGUAUUUUUCAUUACUUUGUUUUUCUUUUUUUUAUUUUUAGGGUUUUAGAUUAAGUAAUUUAAUUUUCCUUCUUUCUUUCUUUUUUUUUCGUUGGGGCUGUGGGGGUUUUGUUUUAUAUGAUGUUGGGUUUUGUCGUGGGUGAGACUAGAAUUUGCUCUGCCAACAUGACAGUAGGAGAUAUCGUAGGGUGUGGUUCGCGUGGACCGAAAAGGGGGCAUGUUAGUCAAUGUCUGGAAAUGGAAGGGCGGUUUUUGUAAUUUCAAACGUGUUUUUAUC